AUGAUACGCGAUCCAUUGUCCCGUAAAAGGACGCCCCGGUUUUUCAAGAAAACGCCAACAAUUCAGUUUCUCAAGAGAGUGGAGUCACGGCCACACAGACUCAAACGCUUCGUGCGCGUUUCUGUGUUAGGACCCCUAGUGAUACGGUACGGCGCUCUGCACGGAACGCCAGACCUCAGACCAAUCAAAUGCAGAUACCGUGGCAUCAAUCACGGUGAUCUCGUCCAACCAGGUACUUGGUGUAUAUGCCGCACACUUUCUUUGCGACCAAGCCCUCUGCAUAAUGACAUUUCCAAAAUCAUGGAAAAAGUGCCCUGA